AUGCCCGUCCGGAAUCUCGAUGCGUAUCUCUACGAGCAUGGACUGGUCCAUACUGCUCCGAUCACUGCACUCAAGGAUACCCGUCUGGGGAUCGAUGCCCAACAGUGGUUCAAGAACCUGCUGUCCAAUCCAGCCUACAAGGAACCCUUCGUAUCCGUCACCGGCGGCGCCCCACUUAAUAUCUACCAGCACAUGGAACGGGAGCUGCGAUCACUCGAACAGCACCGCAUCAAGCCCGUCUUCGUCUUCCAGGGCCUCCCCCCCACCCGAAGAGACCGUCCGUUCUUCUUCCUGCCCAAUGCCACCGACCUCCAGGAGAACCCGAUCCUCAAGUUAAGGACCCGCGAUAAGGGCUGGGAGAAGUACGUCUCAGGCGACCUCGAAGGCGCAAAGGCCCUCUUCGAUCAGAGCUCGAGCGUCCAACCCAACGACGUCUUCAACCAAAUCCAUCGCCUCUUCCGCACCCGCCAGGUCGAAUAUCUCGUAGCACCCUAUCUCAACUGGGCCCAGCUAGUCUAUCUCGAACGCCACCCCAGGAAAUCCUACAUCCACUCAACCUACGGCUCAACCGAACUCUUCCUCUUCGAUGGCGUCGACAAGGUCAUCCUCUCUGUCGACUUCGACAAGGGGCUCAUCAAGUUUGCCUCCAAGAAGGAGAUCCUCAUCGAGACCGGCCUCAGCCCCGAACAGUUCCUCGACGUCGCCAUCCUCUCCGGCUUCGACAUGUCCCCGAUCUUCCCCCCAUUCAUCGAACGCCAGGAUCACUCCUUCAAGCAUGCCAUCGAGCUCGUCAGACGGUACCAGACCGGCCUGGCCACCGUCCUGGCCUACGCCGAACAUCCGAUGGUCGCCAAGACUGGGUACUUCGACCAGUUCUGCCGCUCCAAGUGCAUGAUCAAAUUCUCGCUGGUCACCGUCGCCGAGGAGGGCAAAGUCCUGCCCCUGCCCAUCGCCUCCCCAACCACCUCCACCCCGCCCUCCAUCACCGAUGUCCCCGCCGAUCUCCACGAGGUCUUCUCCUACAAGCUCCCAGAUGAGGUUUACUUCCAACUCUGCCGGGCGAUGGUCAGCCCCACCCUCCUCAACGUCCUCCUCACCGGCCUGUGGGUCGAACAACCCCCCCUCUGUGGUGGCGAAACCGAGGACUACUGUUCAUUUGUUAAGGAGUGCUUGACUGAGAACCCUUCGGGUCCGAGAUGUGUCGCCCUGGCCCUCGUUCUCUCCCCAUUGCACCCCUUCUGGCAGAAAAAACCAGUGUCUGCCAUCUAUUAUUUCGAUCCUCACAACAACUACACGAUUCCUCACACCUCAAAUGUGACGAUGAACUUGAUCGAAAAAAUCUCGAAUUGGAACGUACCGGCUGGAGUAGUUGAAGAGGAGCUAAAGCGGCAAAACUCAUCGACGAUCGACAUUUCACUCUGUCUAGGCGCGACAUCACAAUCGCAGCUAGCCGGACGUACCCGGACACCGCGAUCGACACUAGCGACGAACCACAAGCCGCUAGAGAAGAAGGACGAGGUAGUGGCGAACACGAUCUGGCGGUUCCUCGAGCUGCGCGGCUAUCUGCACCCGAACCACCAGCACACGAUCCAGGGGAAGGCGCUCUACAUGGCCCUCAAGGAGGCCAAGGUGAACGACAAACUCCAGGAGUCUCUGCUCCUCGUCAUCGAGAUGUUGCGCAUGGGCUGUCUCCACUCCAAUUGGUUCGGCGGUAGAACUUGGACUGGUACCGCUCAUCUCGGAACCGAAGAUGAUAAACGUAACAUGUUACUCGUCAUGAGAGUCCUCUCAAUCGUCCCCCUUUCGUUCAAGUCGAUGGCUUGGCAGGGACCAUUGUCACGGGACCUGUUAACGUUCAACUCGUUCGUGAGAUCACUGAGCAAGUCGAUGCGCCUACUGGUAGAAUCGAUAGUCCUCUCGAUGGUCCUCCGAAACGACACCCGUCGGUCGCGGGAAGACGGGAUGGAGGUGAGUCUGUCGCUGCCGUUCCAGGUCGAGCCGAACACGGGAAUGGGCAUCCUCUUCAAGGGCUAUGCCGACGCGAUCGUCUGCACGAAGACGGAGAUCGAGAACGAGGAGAACGCGGAGGAGCUCCUGUUGGAACUCAAGAAUGAUAUCAUCGCCGGCGCUCAGGACGGCUUCCCGAUGGUCAGAGACGUCAGGGCAGAGCUGAAUAGAGGCUUCAGGUUCUGGGACGCCGUUAUGAAAAUAGUCCGAACACUCAAGGAUGAAAAAGUAAUCAAUUCCAAUCUAUCAGAUGGAUUCGAAAAAGCCAACGAUUGGCUCAAACCUCUGAGAUUAUAA